AUGACUGUGGCAGCCGCAAGGCGAGAAUCACUGAGUAUCGAUGAAUCCCCACCGCCGCCGCCGAUUAUUCAGCAUCCAAAACGCAAAGUGCGCAUAGAGCAACACGAGCGCAAUCGUUCGGUGGCCACAUCGCCUUUACCAGUGAAUCAUGCUAGCACGAGCACAUCAACGCUCAAAACGAACAUUCGACCGGUGAGCAGCGGGCCCAGUCGACGUGCUAAACUGCGUAAGGAUGUGCUGGGUCGGAGCAGCAGUUCGCCUGGAAAGCGAGAUCUCUUCACACUGGUUGAAAAUGGUUGGUAA